AUGAGAAGGAGCAGCACCCCCGAAAACCUGCUGGAGUUCAUCUGCGAGCCCCAGCAGGUGCUCCCCUUCGCCACGGCGUUCUCCGUACUCAACCCGUCCACCGAGCCCAUCCUCUGCGAGCCCCUCCACCCCACCUUCGCCCCGCUCAACCCCGACCCGGCCGAGGACGUCGCCGCCGCUCACUACGCUGAGGGCGACUCCAGCUCCAUCAGGGGCCUCCUCCUCCAACCCUUCUCCAAGUCCCAGCUCGUUGACCUCCUCUUCUCUGCCGCAGCCAUCCGCCCCGCCCUCCUGGACCGCAUCCGCGCCGUCGCUCGCCGCAACCCCCGCCACCGCAAGGUCUUCGUCGACCAGCUCCCUCCCGGCACCACCCCCUCCGCCCUCGCCGCCGCCCUCCGCGCCCGCUUUGGCCCCGACUCCGUCGAGUACGCCCUCGUCGCCCCCGGCGGCCUCUGCGCCAUCGUCCUCUUCCGCCGCCUCUGCGACGCCCGCCGGGCCCUCUUCUCCCCGGUUGGCGAGGGCCUCCUCGGCGCCGGCCUCUUCCUCCCCCUAGACUUCUUGAUCCCGCCCGCCGGCCGCGACCGCCGAGCCGUCGUCGCGCGGUUCGCGGGCCCGCGCUCUCCGGAGCGCCUCGCGGAGCUGGGCGCCCUGCUCGCGCGCUACGGCGCGGUCGCGGAGGGCCCCGCGUGGGCGGGCGCCUGGGUGUCGGGCACCGACUGGAGGAGGACGCCGGAGCCGAGCGCGGCGUACGUCGUGUACGAGGACGCUGCGGCGGCGGACGCGGCGCUCGUGGAUAACCCCAAGGUGGUCGCGGGCAACCUCGUGCUCUGCGAGAGGGUGCUGCACAUCACCGCUGCCGCAUCAGCUGUCGUCUGUCGAUGCCGCCGCUGCCAAUGA